AUGGUCGGCUCUGACAUUGGGCAGUCUAUCACGUUCGAAAUCAUAGAUGGCAAGUUCUACGGCCUCUCCAACCAGACAAGCUUCGAGGUCGACGAGGUUGACUGGACUUCACAUUACCACUGCUUCAGGUUCCCCGUCGCGGCGCCAAAGCCAAAGACAACCGAGAGAUCGGUCAAGGACAAGAUGUGGCGAAGGCAACACGCGGAGGGGCCAAUCGAUGACCGGUGGUCAUUCAUCCGCCUGAUCCGGGAUGAGCGAGACCCAACGCAGCUACAGGUCUUGGAAUCUCGGAAGGAGUGGCUGGCCGGGAGUUCUGGACGGCGGAACUACUACACCACCAAGCUGGUCUUCCCGGACAAGGCAGAAGACUCAGACGGAAGAGAAGGCAGCAGCAGCAGCAGCAGCAGCGAUACCGACCCGGACCCGGACGCCAACAACGUCGGUGGUGGCAUCAUCAUCAACCCACCCACCGAGGCCGUUUCGGAGGUGAGGCCACACACAAGCUACGACCUAUCGCAUAGCAUCCCGCCGGCCCGCCCACGCUGCCCAUUUACCACGCACGCAGGAGACGAUGCCUCAACGGCCCUCAUGUUCACGCUGAGUAAGUGCUUCAUACGUUCAUACCACCCAGCAAGCCAGACCUUCCUGGAUCUCGUCGACGACCCCUUACGCAGCACAACCGCCACAGAACGCGACAGCGGGCCCGCAGUACCGCGGCUGCGCCUCCGCGCCGGAUCACGCAAGCUCCGCCCCGCCCAGGCGAUCCUGGCGGACCCGGUGGCCUGGGACCCAGCGCAGCCGCACGGGCGACGCGCGGCACGGCUGUACGAGGGCGAGGCGCGCAACACCAUCACCUUCUGGCCGCCGGAGAGCCCGCCCGACACACGCACCGACCCGGCCAUGCUGGCCGAGCUGCACCGCGUCGUCAACCCGCCGGCGCACGCCGGGGCCUUCCGGGGCGAGUGGGAUGAGCGGUCUUUGGUCUACUCGACUGGCACGGACGGCGGCAUGCAAGCGCUCGUAUUCGUGAGCUUCGAUCCUGGUAUCCACCUGCAGGGGCUGAAGGACUGGGAGUCCGAGUGUGCGCGGCGGGAUAGUGGCUAUGGGACUGGGUUCGGAGAGGAGGGCAGGAGUGGGGCAGAGGGGGACGGGGUCACCUUUCAUUGGCCGGCCGAGCCUGCGGCCGAGGAAGCAGGCAAGGGAAAGGGGAGGCAGGUUCCCGUGUCACCAGUUCUGGACGACGUGGACGAUACGGUGUCAUCGUCGCCUCCUCAGUCGAUCGGGUAUUGUCCUGGCUGGACCCCCGAGGCGUUGUUUGACUGGCCCGUCGAGGUCACCG